AUGAUGUGGUCCAACUUCUUCCUGCAGGAGGAGGAGCGGCGGCGCCGGGGCGGGGGGCUGCGGGGGGCGCGGGGGAAGCGGGGCCCGGGCCUGGCCCCGGCCCUCGAGGGCCAGAUCAAGCUGGCGCUGCUGCUGACGGGCGUGGGCGCCACCCUGGCCGUGCUGGCCGUGGGCACCGAGUUCUGGGUGGAGCUCAACACCUACCGGGCCAACGGCAGCGCCGUCUGCGAGGCCGCGCACCUCGGGCUCUGGAAGGUCUGCGCCAAGCGGCUGUGGCAGGAGGACGUGCCCUCCGGCCGGGCCACCUGCGGCCCUGCCGAGCUGCCCGGAGAAGCCAACUGCUCCUAUUUCAAGUUCUUCACCACUGGGGAGAAUGCUCGCAUCUUCCAGAGGACGACCAAGAAAGAGCUGAACCUGGCAGCGGCAGUGCUGGCGGUACUGGGGCUGGGGGUGAUGACGUUGGGCUGCCUCUGUGUCAUCAUGGUGCUCAGCAAGGGGGCCGAGUUCCUCCUCAAACCCGCGGCCAUCUGCUUCAGUCUUGCCGGUGUGCUGCUGCUGGUGAGCCUGGAAGUGUUCCGGCAUGCAGUUCGGGGGCUGCUGGAAGGGGCAACACCCACACCGGCGCCGGCCCUGGAGUACGAGUACUCGUGGUCUGUGGCCUGCGCCCUGGCGGCCGGGACUGUGCUCUUCCUGGGGGGCGGCUGCUUCCUGCUCCUCGCCCUGCCCCCCCGGCCCUGGAAGGCCCCGUGCCUUCGGCGGGGGGAUGGGGACACCUAACUCUUCCCCAUCACUACCCAUGGGCCCUGGGCAGUGUCCCCCAGAAACUGCCCCUUUUCUUCUUCCCCCUCCUUCUCGUCCAAAUCCCCCUCUCCCUAGGAAAAAUAUUUCCUCUCCCUGGGGUACCCCACCCCACCUCAUCCAGACCAACCCCAUCCCCGUCCCCGCCCCCUUCCUCUUGUAAAUAAGCUUUCCAGUUCCUGGAUUUGGGCGGGAUGGUGGAUUGAGGGUCCCCAGUCUCUCCUGGAGCACAGAUGGGCUAAGAGGGUGAGGUCGGUCUGGGCCUCUCACCUCCCACUUUCCUCCUGGAUUAUUUAUUUGGGAUCGAGAUCUUUCUGUGGCUGAUACAUCGGUCGCAGGGAUCCCGGCUUCUGGUCCGUCAACCCCCGCUCACACUUCGCGCAUGAGAUUUUGAUGUUAAAUCUCGGGAAAUGAAACCAUCA